UAAAGAUUACUAUUAUUAUUUGAAAGGCAGAGCUAGAGAGAGAGAAGAGAGAGAGAGAUCAGUUUUCCAUCUACUGGUUCACUUCCCAAAUGGCCACAAUGGCUAGGGCUAGGCCAGCCUGGAACUUCUUCUGGGUCUCCCACUUGGGCCAUGUUCCACUGCUUUCCCAGGCUUGUUAGCAGGGAGCCAGAUGGGAAGAGGAGCAACUGGGACUUGAACCAGCACCCAUAUGGGGUGCCAACCCAAAAUAAAUUUGUUUUAAAAGAUUAUUUAUUUGAAAGAGUUUCAGAGGGAGGGAGGAGACAGACAGAUCUUCUAUUUGCUGGUUGUGGCCGCGAUGGCUGGGACUGGGGUACUGGGUCAGGCCAGAGCUAGGAGCUUCUUCCAGGUCUCCUAUGUAGGUGGCAGUGGCCCAAACACUUGCCAUCUUUCCCUGUUUUCCCCAGAUCAUUAGUAGAGAACUGGAUCAGAAGUGGAGCAGCCUGGACACAGACUGGCACACAUAGGAGAUGCAGCUUUACUCACUACACUGGCUCCUAAAAUUUUUAGUUUAGGAUAUCUAUGUGGAAGAAAAUGUACCUGGGAUUAAAAAAGAGAGUAAGAAAUAGGGGAAUCUAGUAAGAGCAGUAUUAAUGAUUAUUACUGCUGUGUGAUUUUCUAAAAGUAGACCUCAGAUGUUUUAAUAUGGUUUCAUGUAUAUGAUUUCAAAAAUCAGAUCAAAUCCAGACAUAAAUUUAGUGGGUCCAAAAAUACUCUGUAAAAAGUCAGGUCAUAUCAUUAUUAGGUUAAUGAAAUAAACCUGCGUGUGGAGCCCAGCAAUUUCUCACAGCGGUUAAGCUGUCACCUGGGACGGGGCAUCCCGUAUGGGCCCCAGGUCCAGUCCCAGCUCUCCACUUCCAGUUCAGUUCCUUGUUAAUGUGCCUGAGAAAGCAGCAUGAGAUGGCACAAAUACCUGGGCCCUGACACCUAUGUGGGAGAAUGGAACAGAGUGCCUGGCUCCUGGCUCCUGGCUCCUGGCUCCAGCUUGGGCCGCCCCCUCCCCCCCAUUUCGGCCAUUUGGGGAGUAGUGAGCCAGCAGAUGGAAGAUCACAAACUUUAGCUAACCGCCUUUCAAGUAAAUAAAUAAAUAUUAAAAAUAACCCUGUAACAACUUUCCUGCAAGAAAUUCUAGAGUCUAACAUUGUACUCUAAAUCUGACUUGCCCUAAGUCACCACUGGCUUUUACACAUUUUAAACAUAGAUGGAGACAGUUUUGGGUCCUGCAGUUGGGGUUGGGACUUUGAAUUUAUUACUACAUUUCUGUAAGAAAUUUCUAGAGAUACAAAUGAUAGGUUAGAAGGUUUUAAGCACUUACAGUGCCAAGUAUUAUGUCUUUGUACCUUAUCUGCAAUUCUAAAAUUUAAAAAGCUGUGAAAACUCAAAAAUUAAAAAACAACUCAUCACUAGCAAAACUUGACCUGAAGUAACAUGAGGCUUUGUCUUUUUCACUGUUCAAAUUUCCCUAAGAGAUGAUUAUGUGUUCAGUUAUGGAGUGCAGACCCAGACCCUUGAGAGGGUUUUGUAAUGUAUUAAUGUAUGAGUCACUUUACCUUUGUAAAAUCUGAGGAAUUCUAAAUUUCGAAACAGAGUUUGAAUAAAGGAUUGUGGGUAUGUAUCAACUUCUCUCCUGUGUAAGAAUGAUUGUUUUCUAAUACCCUUGUUGACCUGGGCCUUGCUGUAUUAUUAAUGUAUGGAAGUAGUCAGUGAUUUUAGAUAUUAUUAACCUCAGAGAUUGAAGUAGAGCUCAGAUUUGUAGUAUUACUUUCAGUUGUGGAAGAGCAAAGUCAUUACCUUAAAUGACCCAAAGUCUCAGUCUGUCUCCCUUUGCACCUGUUUUAGUUACUUCCAUAGUUAACUUGACUGGAAACUUGACAUCCGUAUCAAGUUAGCAGUUGGCCUAAUAGUGUAGUUUGGUAGGAAAGUUCAGUGUGAUCUUCUCUUUGAAAUAAUGAAUAUUUUGUGAGGAAAAAUACUAGUGGUUGCAGUGAUGGUUGUAUUUAUAUUAUAUAAGUUUCAUGUCAAAAGUCACUUGACUUUCUGGAAAUGGGAAGGAGCUAAGUAUCAUCUAAUGAGAAAACAGGUGAUAGUUUUUAUAGUUACUGUAUUAGUAGUGUUUCUGUUGGAGUUUUCCCUCUUUUCCUGGUUUGUGGUUCCUUUGCCAUAUGUUGUAAAUACUGAGUUCCAAGUAACAUUUUGAAGUUUGUUUCAGCUGGACUUUUUUGAUGAAUAGUAUGCAAUAUGACUAAAAUCAAGGAUUUUUUUUCCCCUUGAGUGGUUACAUUUGUUCCAAGAUAUUUGUUGAAAUAAACUGGUCUUCCCUGCUUUAAAGUACCGUGUUUGUAUUUCUCCAUUUAAUCGUGUUUUAUGUUUUUUCAGUAAAAUUAUACUCUUAUUCAUAAGGACUUCUAGAAAGGGACAACUACAAAGAGAAAUUACAUAUACAGGAUUGAACUUUAAAUUUUAAAAAUAUAUAGCUCAUACUUUAGAAAUAAACAGUUUAAUCUGUUACUGAAUAUUUUGAUUUCAAUUAAAUAUGAAGCAUUUUAGAAUGUAUUUAAAGGCCGGCGCCGCGGCUCACUAGGCUAAUCCUCCACCUUGCGGCGCCGGCACACCGGGUUCUAGUCCCAGUUGCCCCUCUAGCAGGCCAGCUCUCUGCUGUUGCCCGGGAGUGCAGUGGAGGAUGGCCCAAGUGCUUGGGCCCUGCACCCCAUGGGAGACCAGGAUAAGUACCUGGGUCCUGCCAUCGGAUCAGUGCGGUGCGCUGGCCGCAGCGUGCCGGCCGCAGUGGCCAUUGGAGGGUGAACCAACGGCAAAGGAAGAUCUUUCUCUCACUGUCCACUCUGCCUGUCAAAAAAAAAAGUAUUUAAAAUACAUUCAAAGAGUGAAAUCUCUGCAAGAAGCUUUUUUAUUUUUUGUUUUUUUCCUUUAAAUUAUGUUCACAUGUUGGAACUAAAUAAGUACCUGGGAGAUCUGGCUUUGUUAAUGCAGAGGAUCCACUAAACAUAGGAUGUUGCCACAGAACCUACCUCGUGAACUUUUUUCUUUAGCUCAUGAGCUGCACAGUUGCAGUUUUGAGCAGGAUGUCUGCAGCCAGUUUUCGUGUUGAAAAACCCUGAAGAACCUGACCAACAGAGGAUGACCUAGAAGUGAUUCUAAGGCUGUCACAAGAUAUUCCUUAGUGAAAGUCCGUCUUGGCUCUGAAUGUUACAGAUAACAGCAAACAGACUUGCUUCUUUAUUUCAGAAGUAUUCACUUGACCUUCCAUCAGUAAGAUUGACUUUUCUAAUCUGUUUCGAGAGCUAUUAAUGGAAUACAGUCAUGUCCACUCAAGACGAGAGGCAGAUCAAUACUGAAUAUGCUGUGUCCUUGCUGGAACAGUUGAAGCUGUUUUAUGAACAGCAGUUGUUUACUGAUAUAGUGUUAGUUGUUGAGGGCACUGAAUUCCCUUGUCAUAAGAUGGUUCUUGCAACAUGUAGCUCUUAUUUCAGGGCCAUGUUCAUGAGUGGACUAAGUGAAAGUAAACAGACACACGUGCACCUGAGAAAUGUGGAUGCUGCCACCUUACAGAUAAUAAUAACUUAUGCUUACACGGGUAACUUGGCAAUAAAUGACAGCACUGUAGAACAGCUUUAUGAAACAGCUUGCUUCCUACAGGUGGAAGAUGUGUUGCAACGUUGUCGAGAGUAUUUAAUUAAAAAAAUAAAUGCCGAGAAUUGUGUGCGAUUGUUAAGUUUUGCUGAUCUCUUCAGUUGUGAGGAAUUAAAACAGAGUGCGAAAAGAAUGGUGGAGCAUAAGUUCACUGCUGUGUAUCACCAGGAAGCGUUCAUGCAGCUAUCACAUGACCUACUGAUAGACAUCCUCAGUAGUGACAAUUUAAAUGUAGAAAAGGAAGAAACAGUUCGAGAAGCUGCUAUGCUGUGGCUGGAAUACAACACAGAAUCACGAUCCCAGUAUUUGUCUUCAGUUCUUAGCCAAAUCAGAAUUGAUGCACUUUCAGAAGUAACACAGAGAGCUUGGUUUCAAGGUUUGCCACCCAAUGAUAAGUCUGUGGUGGUUCAAGGUCUUUAUAAGUCCAUGCCGAAGUUUUUCAAACCAAGACUUGGGAUGACUAAAGAGGAGAUGAUGAUUUUCAUUGAAGCAUCUUCAGAAAAUCCUUGUAGUCUUUACUCUUCUGUCUGUUACAGCCCCCAGGCAGAAAAAGUUUACAAGCUGUGUAGCCCGCCAGCUGAUUUGCAUAAGGUUGGGACUGUCGUAACUCCUGAUAAUGACAUCUACAUAGCAGGAGGUCAAGUUCCUCUUAAAAAUACAAAAACGAAUCAUAGUAAAACAAGUAAACUUCAGACUGCCUUCAGAACUGUGAAUUGCUUUUAUUGGUUUGACGCACAGCAAAAUACCUGGUUUCCAAAGACGCCAAUGCUUUUUGUCCGCAUAAAACCAUCUUUGGUUUGUUGUGAAGGCUACAUCUAUGCAAUUGGAGGAGAUAGUGUAGGUGGAGAACUUAAUCGGAGGACCGUAGAAAGAUAUGACACUGAGAAGGAUGAGUGGACCAUGGUAAGCCCUUUGCCUUGUGCAUGGCAGUGGAGUGCUGCUGUUGUGGUUCAUGAUUGCAUUUAUGUGAUGACACUGAACCUCAUGUACUGUUAUUUUCCAAGGUCUGAUUCGUGGGUAGAAAUGGCCAUGAGACAGACUAGCAGGUCCUUUGCUUCAGCUGCAGCUUUUGGUGAUAAAAUUUUCUAUAUUGGAGGAUUGCAUAUUGCUACUAAUUCUGGCAUCAGACUCCCUUCUGGCACUGUAGAUGGGUCUUCAGUAACUGUGGAAAUAUAUGAUGUGAAUAAAAAUGAGUGGAAAAUGGCAGCCAACAUCCCUGCUAAGAGGUACUCUGACCCCUGUGUUAGAGCUGUUGUGAUCUCAAAUUCUCUGUGUGUGUUUAUGCGGGAAACACACUUAAAUGAGCGAGCUAAGUAUGUCACCUACCAGUAUGAUGUAGAACUUGACCGGUGGUCUCUGCGACAACAUAUAUCUGAACGUGUACUGUGGGACUUGGGCAGAGAUUUUCGAUGCACUGUGGGGAAGCUUUACCCGUCCUGCCUUGAAGAAUCUCCAUGGAAACCACCAACCUAUCUCUUCUCGCCAGAUGGGACAGAGGAAUUUGAACUGGAUGGAGAAAUGGUUGCACUGCCACCUGUAUAGUUGGAGUUCAGGGAGUGCACGUCUGAUUUAUGUGCUUUGUCAUUUGUUUGCUAAAUGAGAGGCUAUGAAAGGACUAAAUAUGAGUACAUAAAAAUCUAUCUUUGAUAAAUUUUAUUUUUAUGCCCUACUUAAUAUUUGCAUCAGUAUAAUAUAUAUCAGUGAGUCUUACAGAAAGAUAUGCUUCCAUAAUAUGAAAUAGGUUAUUCAGUAAUUGAGAAACUUUCACGUGUAUCAUGAGAGCAUAAGAAUCUGGAUUAUCUAACAUUGUUAGCCCUGUGUAUGUACAGUUCAAAAAGUUCACUUACAAAAUAGUUUCUUGUUCUUAGUGUGGUAUAUCACAAAUUGUGCUGAGGUUAUUUUAGUAUGUGUAUUUCAUUCCUGUGCUUCUUUUCUGAAGUCUUGGAUUACAGUUUUUCCAGUGUAAUUAAUUCAGCUGCACUUAACACUAACGUCCAUGUUGGUAUAGAGUUGUUGUCUAAAUCCUGUCUAUGGUUGAGGAAGAUCUUCCAUAGUUUUAUGGUAUUACACAGGGAACGCUAUGACUGCAGGAUCAGUCUUACUAUCCUAUUAGGUGCAUGUAUUCUCUUUCCACUAACUUAUACUUGUCUAUCUAGAAUACAGGUUGUCCAGUCCACUGGUCAUAUACCAGGUUUGGACUUACAUUGCUGGGUUUGCAAUAAGAAUUGCUAGCCCCUCAUUGUGCGGGUCUGUGUGGAGCUUUAAUCAGUAAAUGUCUCCACUCUGUAUUACAUUAACAUUGGCUCAUGCAUAUAACUACCUGCUGCUGAUGUAGUUCUCCAUCUUAAAGAUUUAUAGUGGGUUUACCAGGUCAUUACAUCUUAAUUUAAUAACAAGCAUUACUGUAGAGUGAUUGUGUACAGGUUAUCUGUUAGCUGUCAGGUUUUUUUUUUUUUUUUUUUUUUUUUUUUUAACCUGUUGUGUGUGUGUGUUGUGGGGGUAGGAUUAGGAAGGUGAACUGUUCAGGAAUUUUCUGCACAAGCUGUGCAGAAGAGCAGGUAACUCGCACUGCUCUGGCAUUAAUCCCAGGAACCACUAGCAGUAGUGGGGCGCCGCCAAUUUAACAUGAGCACAGGUGCUUCAUGACAAACAUUACUAGCAUGUUCAACUGCAUAAUGUUCUGGCACUGUAUUUUGAAUGACAUUAAUUUAUUAAAUAAAUUGUAUAUAUUCAACAUC